AUGGCUGAGGAUAAGGCCAUUAGUGCUGAUGGCAAGGGUGGUAGAGCGGGAGGUAAAUUAGCAACCAGUGCUAAUGUUGAACAUCCUGAGAGUGAUGCUGAGGAAGAGGUGCAAGUGCCAGGGUCACACAAGAAGAAGGAGAAGAGGAAAGUGUUACCAGUGAAGACGCUGGUGAGAGAUGCAAUCCAAGCUGCAGGCCUUAUCGAUGAAUCAACGAUGGCAUGUGAUGACGAUAAGAAGCUUGAUGAUGUGGUAAGAUCUCUUUUCUUUUUCAAUCUAAUGGUCCAUGAUGAUAGCUCUACUAAAGAUUAUGGUAUUGCUGCUGAGCACAUCUUGGGUUGGAGGACUGAUAUUCCUCCUGCUGGUUCAAAGCCAUCCUCCAGCUUGAGGAAAAAAUUAUCUACAAUGCCUUCCAACUUCUCUAGUACUGCUCCCUCCUCUAAACUAACUAUGGGGAGUACUAUUAGUAGCGGUGGUGCCCCACUCACACCCAUCGACACAAUCGCCGAUGCUGGGGCUGACAACAUGGCAGAUUGUUUUACGACCCUAUUUGCAGACAAUGAUUUGGACAAAUCAGUCGAGCGCUCUCAAGCCCUUGCCUGUAUGUCUAAACCAAGGGCUGCUCAGGGUGUCAAGAUUUCUUCUAAGGUUCCUGAUACUUCAGUACAAACCAUUCAUGCCUAUCGAAACACCAAUCUGACUCCUCAACAGCUCAAUGCAAUUCAGUCUGAUGUUGUUGCCGAUGAUGAAAUGAAUGUUGAGGCAGCUCCCCCAGUAGUAGCUUCCCUUGUUAACUAUGGAUCUGACACCAAUAUGGAAUCUGACCUCGAGCCUCCUCCUUCUAUGCAGGUCCCCAGAGGAUAUUAUGAUGCUGAUAUCCAUUGA